AUGGCAAAAUACAUUCUGGCCGUCAACGCCGGCUCAUCCUCUGUCAAAGUCACGUUCUAUGCAUACGAGAACCCGCCAAGAGCAAUCGCCGAUGCCCAGGUGUCAGGUAUCACUGCCCCACCACCAGCAUUUAAGUACCGGCGCGGCCCUGAGAAAAUCCAAGAGGACCUGAAGCAGAAGCUGAAUACGCCCCAAGAUGCGUUCAAAUAUAUUCUGCAGCGCUGCUUCAAUGACCCCGAGCUUGCCGAGGUCGCUAGCGAGGCUGAUCUCGCAUACAUAUGUCAUCGGGUAGUUCAUGGAGGAGACUACAAAGAAGCAGUCACAAUCAACGAUGAAAGCUUGCAUCAUCUGGAGGAAUUAGAAGAUCUCGCUCCGUUGCACAAUUUCUCCGCACUGGAGAUCAUUCGCCUCUGCAAAAAAGAGCUUCCAAGCGUCGCCAGCAUCACCUUUUUCGACUCCGCCUUCCAUCAGACUAUGCCCGCCCACGUGAAGACAUAUCCUAUCGACCAGGAAAUCGCCAAAGCAAACGGGCUACGGAAAUACGGAUUCCACGGAAUCAGCUACUCGUUCAUUCUACGCUCCGUCGCACAGUUCCUGGGUAAACCGACCGAAUCUACUAACGUGAUCGCAAUGCAUAUCGGCAGUGGAGCUUCGAUCUGCGCGAUCAAGGAUGGCAAAUCGAUUGAUACUUCAAUGGGCCUUACACCCCUAGCUGGGUUACCCGGCGCAACGCGAAGCGGCUCUAUAGAUCCCUCGCUGGUAUUCCACUACACGAGCGAGGCGGGGAAAUUGAGUCCCGGCAGCACCAAGGAGAUGCACAUUAGCACGGCCGAGGAAAUUCUCAACAAAAAAUCCGGCUGGAAAGCUCUGACCGGCACCACCGAUUUCGCCAAAAUCGCCGUCUCAGACGCACCGGAUACACACAAGCUAGCGUUCGAUAUCGUGGUCGAUCGUAUUCUAGGCUAUAUUGGGAGUUACUACGUCAAGCUAAACGGACAGGUAGACGCUAUCGUAUUUGCGGGCGGCAUUGGCGAGAAGAGCGCAUUAUUGCGCCGGACGCUGGUUGAGCAAUGCCGGAGUCUAGGUGUGGCGAUUGAUCCGGGCGCUAAUGACAAGGGGCCGGGUGACGAGACAGUCAAAGAUAUCUCCCUUGACGGCAAGGGGCCUCGAGUGCUGAUCUGCCAAACCGACGAACAGUUCGAGAUGGCGUAUAGCGUUUGUGCGCGAUGA